UUUAUUAUUUCAUUUAUUAAUAUUUAAUUAUAUUUUUUCAGCAUUUAGCGGUGGAUAUAUGUACAAUAUUUUAUUACAACUCUUGACAUAAGAAAUUACCAUUUAUUUUAUAUUGCUUAUUUUAGUUUUUAAAUAUAUAGACUUCUAAAAUAAAUUAUUUGUUGAAGUUGCAAUAUCUUUAUAGUAUAAAAUACGGUAGGCAUACCAGGUAGCUGUCUUUGUAUUUCAGCAUGUAGCGAUUAUAAUAUGUACAAUAUUUUACAUAUAACUCUUUACAUAUAUAAAUUACCAUACUGUUAUAUAGUUCUAAGUUUAGUUUUUAAAUAUAUAGACUCCUAAAAUAAGAUAUUUGUUGAAGUUGCAAUAUCUUUAUGGUAUAAAAUACGGUAGAUAUAAAUAUUUUUUGAAAAGUAAUUAAAAAUUAGCUUUCGCAAUACUGUUACGCAAUGCUCAAUAGCAAUACUGGCAACACAUUUGAAUUUAUUAACAACUUUUGUAAAACGAACGGACUUGUUUUUUGUUUUUGAUAAUUGUUUUAAUAUAAUUAUUUUAUGUUUUUUUUUUAUAGAAACAUUUCCUAACAACUUAUUUUGGAUCAACAGGUUAGUAUUAUUUUCUAUAAUUUGAAUUAAAAUAAUUUUCUCAGGGUUUCUGUUGGAUCUCCACUGUUGGCAAUGCAUGCACAUAAAAUGUAUUUAUAUAAGUAUUAUUGUAAAAUGAAUUGUUUGAAUGUUUUUGUUUUUAUAUAUUUAUUUAUUAUAUAGAAUAUUGUUAUUUAGUUUUAAGAUAUAUGGGUAAAAAUAGGCCUCCUGUGGAAUAGAACACCGCAAAAAUCGGUAACGCACCUAGUUGCAUACCUCAUGGUGGUGUGGAAAAUGCAAUAUAGAUAUAAGAAAAUUUAUAAAAAUCUAACGAAAUAAAACAUAUAGUAUUUGACACAGAAAAAAUUCUGGUUUUAUUUAAACCAAGUAUUUAUAUUAACAGGUUCGAUUUUUAAAUUGUUUCAGUGAAUGCAAAGAGGUGUUGCAAAUAAAGAAAUUUCCCAUGUUUCUAACUUUUAUUGGUGGUGAGCACUAUAGUACUGGCUUUGAAAACAAUUAGAUGCACACUAAAACAUUUACUUUGAUAAAAGCAAUUUGAUCGUAGGAGUAAAUUACAUUUAAGCAAUUUUGUAUCAUUUACAACGUAAUGUUUGUUUCUUUUCAUCAGAACAUAUUUUUUACAAUUUCACUUUCCAAAUCGUUGUCAUACAUAAAUCAGUUUCCAAAUUAAAAUCACUAUAUACGCAAUCUAAAUCAGGGUCUAUUAAUUAUAUGUAGCAUCAGGGUCUUUUAAUUAUAUUUAAAUGUAUAAUGUAUAAUAUAAAUUUCAUCCCAAAGACACCGAAACUUUUUAUAAAAUCCUCUGGAAAAAAAUAAUUUUAGUUAUUAUAUAUUAUUACUUUAUAUGCACAUAAUUAUUGAUAAAAAUUCUUGAGUGAGCAGUUUUAUCAGGAGCAUUAUUAAAUAUUCAUUAUUUUACGAAGAUUGGUUUGCAAAUUUAUAAGCCUUGCCUCAGUUUCGUUGAAUAAGCAUUUUCUGCAUCCCGUUUUAGUUUGAAAAAAUAUUAAAGUUUAACAUAUAACAAAAAUUGUUUGGACAACUUUUUUAUAAAUUAAAAGAAAAUAGCAAGAUGCAACCAUUGUCCGGUUAAAAUUCGGACAUCUUGGCUGUCAAUAGAAACUCAACCAUUCAGUUGUGGUUCUGUUGACAUCGGUCACCUGAUUCUUACUCUUUACGAUGGUCUAAAUAACAUUUGUAUAAAUAUUGGCAGAUGCUGCCAAAAAAUUAUCGAUUAAAAGUGCAAUUGAUUAUUUUAUUCAAAAAAUAAUAAACCUGCAUCCCUAGCAGAAUUUACAUUGUCGGUUGUUUAGGGUGAAGUUUGAUUAUGUUGUUUAUGUCGUAUGGCUAGAAUUAUGUGGUGGCUUUGUAAAAUAUACUUAACUUGCUAAUUAUACAUACUUUAAAGGACCAUGUUAUAUUAUGACAAUAUCCAAUAUGACAAAAGACUACGACUACUUAUUAAAGGUGCUUUUAGUGGGAGAUAGCGAUGUUGGUAAACACGAAAUAUUAUCCUGCCUUGAAGAUGCAUCAUCAGAAAGUCCAUUUUGUAGCGGAAAUGCUUAUAAAACAACGACUAUUCUUCUGGAAGGGAAACGUGUUAAGCUGCAAAUUUGGGAUACAUCUGGACAAGGCCGGUUUUGCACCAUUAUAAGGUCCUAUUCAAGAGGGGCACAAGGAAUCAUCUUAGUUUACGAUAUUACAAACAAAUGGAGCUUCGAUGGAAUUGACAGGUGGCUCAAGGAAGUGGAAGAGCAUGCUCCUGGUAUUCCAAAAGUAUUAGUUGGGAAUAGACUACACCUUGCUUUUAAAAGACAGGUUUUAGCUAAACACGCAGAGCUUUAUGCUUCUCGUAAUAAUAUGUCAUGCUUUGAAAUAUCCCCACUUUGUGAUUUUAAUAUCAGAGAGUCUUUUUGCGAACUCGCUCGAAUGGCGCUGCACAGAAAUGGUAUGGAACGGAUCUGGCGUAAUAAUAAAGUUUUGUCUUUGCAAGAGCUAUGCUGCCGCACAAUUGUUAGAUGCACAACUGUAUACGCGAUUGAUUCCUUAAGUUUGCCAACAUCAGUGAAGUCAACACUAAAAUCAUAUGCUCUAACAACAUCUCAGAGUAUUCAUAACAUCAAUCAUGGUUCCAGAUUUAAAUAUCAAUGUAAAUAUCCAUUGAAUCAUAAUCGAAAUAGUUGUGCUAUUUCAUGAUUAAAUAUGUAAAUAUUUUCACCGCUAUUAUAUAAGUGUAUAUUGUAAUUUCAAAACAAAAAGUACGAUUUUGUUAUUAUAUUUAAUUUAUUCUGAUUUUGUGUCGUGAAUAAAUGGGUUUUAAAACAAUAUUUAUAUGUACGGGUGCGUUCGAGCUACGUAAUAAUUACAGCAGUACAGCAACUCUGUUGCACAUUUGACACUUCGUUGCUGAUACUGUUUGUGUUGCCAAAAUUUUGCCAAAAAAAUUUGCUCAAUGGAAAUUCAUUUAAUUGUCGAUGAAAUGGGAAAAAGCGAAGAACAUUUUUUAUUAAAUUAUGAAAAAAAAAGAAGAAUUGCCAGAAAAAAACGGAAUCUUUUAUUGGAAUCAAUUUUGGAAAAAAGACGUGUAACAAAAGUACACCAUUUCUUCAACACAAUUGAGCAGUACGAUAAUGAUGUAUUCUUUUCCCACUUUCGCAUGACUCCUCACACAUUUGCCAAAUUGACACAUGCUCUGCAGCCGCAUUGGUUAACCUUUAACACUCGCUACUCCCUGAAACAAUCGCUGUAUCUUACUCUAUGGAAGCUAAGCAAUAGUCGCGUAACGUACCGAGAACUCUCUGAUCGGUUCUGCGUUGGAAAAGGAACAGCACAUAAACUUUUUUUCAUGACCAUCAAAACCAUAUGCCAACUAAAAAAUGAAAUACUUUGGCCCACGCUUGUGGAGCAACAAAAAAUUAUGGAAGAGUUCCAAUCAAAGAGAACAAAUCCAUUUCCAUUUGUGGUUGGAUGCAUGGAUGGAAUCCAUUUUAAAAUAAACACCCCCAAAAAAGAUGCAAUCAGCUAUUAUGAUCGUAAAGGAAAUUUUUCGAUAACUAUGCAGGCGAUUUGCGAUAGCAACCUACGAUUUUUAGACGUCUUUAUUGGCUUUCCUGGAAGCUGUCACGACGCCAAUGUCUGGAAAAAUAGCCCAAUUUACCAACAGAUCACCUCCGGAGAAGCUCAGCUUGCGACCACGGCCGUAAUAUUAGCAGAUUCGGCUUAUCCGCUAUCAAAAUAUUUGAUGGUCCCGUAUAGGGAUAAUGGACAUCUUUCACCAGAAGAGAAAAAGUUUAA